UUGCUUAGCUCCAUUUACUUCCUCCUUUGUAAUAACAAAAGACAGAAGCCUAAGCAAACAGUGGCUCAAAAAAUGGAGGAACAAUUAACAAUAAUAGUUGGAUCAGGCCCUUCUGGGCUUGCCACAGCUGCGUGCCUAAGCCAGCAAUCAAUCCCGUACAUAAUUCUUGAGAGAGAAGACUGUAUUGCCUCUAUAUGGAAGAAAUAUUCCUAUGAUCGUCUUCACCUCCACCUUGCAAAGCAAUUUUGUGAACUCCCUCACAUGUCAUUCCCUGCUUCUUAUCCCACCUUUGUGCCCAAAAAGAUGUUCAUACAGUACUUAGAUGACUAUUUCUCCCAUUUCAACAUUAGUCCUAUGUUCCAAAGAACUGUGGAGUCUGCUGAGUACAAUGAAGUUUCCAAGAGAUGGAUUGUUAAGGCUAGGAAUGCAAGUUCAGGAGAGGUUGAGAUAUAUAGUGCAAAGUUUUUAGUGGUGGCCACUGGGGAAACAACCAACCCUUAUACCCCAGAGGUUGCAGGGUUAAACACUUUCCCUGGUGAGGUUCUUCAUUCUACUCAGUAUAAGUCAGGGAAGGAGUUCAAAAACAAGAAUGUUUUGGUUGUUGGGUCUGGGAAUUCUGGAGUGGAAAUUGCUCUGGACCUUGCAAAUCAUGGUGCCAAAACUUCCAUUAUUUUUCGAAGCCCGGCUCAUUUUCUCUCAAGGGAGAUGGUGUACUUGGGCUUAACCAUGUUGAAGUAUUUUCCUGUUAGCUUGGUGGAUUUCUUGAUGGUCAUGCUUAGCAAACUGGUUUAUGGGGACCUGACCAAGUAUGGGAUAGGAAGGCCUACAGAGGGUCCUUUUUAUAUGAAGGUUAAGUACGGCAAGUAUCCACUUUUUGAUGUUGGUACAUAUAAAAAGAUCAAGUCAGGAGAAAUUCAGGUUUUGCCGGCAGAAAUAAUUAAAGUUCAAGGCAAUGACAUACUAUUCAAGAAUGAUAAGUUACAUCCAUUUGACACCAUUAUUUUUGGUACCGGAUUUAAGAGGUCGACAAACUUGUGGCUUAAGGGGGAUGAAUAUCUUUUGAAUGAGGAUGGACUUGCAAAACCCGCUUAUCCUAACCAUUGGAAGGGAAAGAAUGGCUUAUACUGUGUUGGACUAUCUAGAAGAGGGUUAUAUGGAGCUAGUGCCGAUGCCCAAAACAUAGCCAAUGAUAUCAAGUCCAUUACAUAAUGUCUCAAAAAAGGGAAAAGAGAGAGAGAGAAUAAUAAAAUAGGUUAUUGUUGUGAUAUAAUCUAGUUUUGUUUGUUGCUUUGGUUAAGCAUGAGUAUUGUGAGAAUUAGAAAGUGAUGCAAAGCAAGUGAAAACUGAAAAGGACUUUUUUCAAGAACUUUAGAAUAAACAAAGAGGAACAAUAGAGAAGAAGUCUACUCUAAACAAUAUGAUCAUUCUAUAAUGUAUUUAGAAUUGUUAAAUCAUAUUUACAUUAAUGAUUGUGAUAGCUAGACAUGCUAGAGGGCUGAGUUAUCUUAGUAAAAUCUAC